UUUAGACGGCUCGGAUCUCAUUUGGUCCAUCGUGCCCGUCUCAUAUUUGGUUUAUCCGUAUUCAUCACCCCUCUCCCAGAAAUUCGCAGAUCCUCUCGCGAUGGGAGCGGAAGCCGAGGGUACUCCCUCUCCGCAGCCCGCCGCCGCCGAACCCGCGACCGCGGCGAGGGCGCAGCCCAUCAGCGCAGCGCAGUUCCUCUCCUGGAAGCAGCGCAAGGAUGCAGAGGAAGCCGUGAGGAAAGCUGAAGCAGCUCAGAAGCGAGCCGCCGAUAUCGCUUCAGGAGCGGUGCAGAUGAACGGCCGCGAGCUGUUCCAACACGAGCCCUGGGUGUUCGACAACAACAUUUACUGAGGUGGCUAGAUGCAGCCGUGGGAACUCUUGAGAGCAUGGUUCGUCCUGCCUCAUGGAAAACUGUGAAACGCCUUGACAGAUCUUAUAAACUCGAGAACAUAAUGUACUAUGUCAUGUAUGGUUUUUAGUAAUCCGGAUGUGCAUGAAGGCAUUUCCAAAGCUUAGCGGGAA